UCGAUCGCGACAUGAAAUUUUUACCAGCAUAGUACAGUGAUAUUUUGAGAUCAGUUUUGCUGUCUCCCGCAUUCCCCCCCCCCGAGAAUUUUAGGGAAGUUACAAAAUGGCUGAAACUUUAAAUCGUGGUGCGCGAAGAGUACUUUCAAAACUUCAAAAAUCCAUCGAAGACGGCGACCAUUACGAAGCUCAUCAAAUGAUAAGGACGUUAUACUUUAGGUACAUGAGUCAAACCAAACACAAAGAUGCACUUGACUUAGUUUAUGAUGGUGCAACUGUACUAUUAAAUCAUGGCCAGGAGGAAAGUGGAUUAGAUCUAUGCCAACUUAUGUUAAAAUGUUUUGAAGAAGCAGAUUUUUCUGUGAAUGAUGAAACAUUAGAGAAAAUAACUGCCCAUUUUCUACUCUUUAAACCUUGUUCAGCUAACAGACAUGAGUUUAUAGAUGGUGCACUAAGCUGGACGGCAAAGAAAAGUAAGGAAUGGACAUUUGGACAUCCAAGAUUAAAUCUUUUAUGUGCAGAGACUUAUUGGAAGGAACGCAAUUAUGGUGAAGCACAGUCACACUUUCUUCAUGCAAACAGUGGUCAACAGUGUGCAACAAUGCUGAUUGAAUAUGCUGUUACCUGUGGAUACCCUAGUGAAGCUGAUUUAUUCGUAGCACAAGCUGUGUUACAAUUCCUAUGUCUAAAAAGAUCCUCAACAGCUCAUUGUGUGUUUGUUCGGUACACAGGUCAUCACCCAGAUUUUUCUGGCAUUGGACCACCAUUUGAGAAACCAUUAUUGAACUUUCUCUGGAUUUUGUUAAUAAUUAUUGACCGGAAAGGCACGAUAAACCAAUUCACAGUAUUAUGUGAGAAAUAUCACCCUUCCCUAAACAGAGAUCCAAAUUAUCUGGCGUAUUUAGACAAAAUUGGGCAAUUGUUCUUUGGAUUAACACCAAAGCCAAAGGAACCAAGCAUGAACAAUUUUCUUGGAAAUCUUCUUCAAGGUCUUACAUCUGAUGAAGCAGAGGAAGCAACAACAUCAUCAGUUGAAAUGAAGACAGAGGAUCUUGAUUAGAAAUUAUAAAGCCAAGUUAAACUUGGUUAAAUGUUUCUCUGAUGUUGAGUAGGAAUUUUGCAGAUAGAUACUACUUCUAAAUUUUUUGUAUGUAUUAAAAUAACAUUCAAAUGCUUCACCAACAUUUCUGAAGCUAUCAUAUACAGAAUUUCUACUGGAAUAGCAGAAAAUUUAAUGUGAGCCUCAACUCAGUAUUACUAUGUUUUGCCAUCCAUCAAUGGCACUAGCCCAAUGCACAAAGGAAACAAGAUCUCUUCUCCAUAAACUUUUAGGCAAUACAGGAACUUGUUAACUAUGUUCAAUCUGAAUGGUUAAAUUUACUCUACACAAUUCUAAUAAUUCGAGUAAUCGUCCAAUUUGUUCACUAACUAUAGUUACAACCUAACCAGUCAUUUAAUACUAUUAUCUCCAGGUGAUAAUGCAAGUGCUUUUGUUCAUAUUUAUAUCAAUGCUGUUAAUAAUUUCCAGUUUAAUCUGCCAAUUAGUGUGCAAAGAAUGUAUGGCUACUCCACCAUAAUUAACUAAACAGUUAAACAUUGGAGUUCUGUAACUGUCAAACUAAUAUAGACAUAAAUCAGAGUGAAUUUUGUUAUAUAUGUAAAGAAUACAGAUGUACUUAAUAGUUUCCUAAAACAGAACAUUAAAUUGCUU